UGCCGUGCCCACAUCAAUACAGUAUGGGGAGUAGGUACAAGCGGGUGUACUUUGUUUCUGUCAGGCCCGGCCAACUCACUCAGUGCACCAACACACGGACCUUAUCAGCACAAUGAAAACGCAAACCACAGCAGUUUACCUGUGGAGUAAUGACAGGGGACAGGUGCCCAGCGUUCAGAGGGAAGUAGUUAAUUAACCCUACCUGCAGGAAAUAUGCUGAGGUCAUUCACAGAGAGACUAAGUGGGGGUCUGUCGGAGAGCUUCUCCAGCACCAUGGGCACCGAGGAGCCUCACAGCCUGGAGUGCAUCCACAAGUCGGAGCUGUUUCCUAAGAAAUCCAUCGUGUUAGAAGAUGACACGCUGCAGGUGCCCUUUCCAACCAUGAAUGGAGAAUAUGUGACAUAUCUGGGCAGGACUUCAGACGGUCUCAUAGCAUUAUCUAAUUUCCGACUGUUUGUGCGUCAGAAGAAUGUAUUUGUGAAUGUGCCACUGGGAUUAAUUGAUACAGUGGACACAAGGGAGAUCUUCUACCUUACUGUUUGCUGUAAAGACGCUACCACAGUCAGAUGUGCAUUCUCCACCAACGAACAGUGCCAGCAAUGGUAUAAAAGGCUGUUAGAUGCAAUUGCCCCGCCUAAGGAGGUCAAUGACCUAUUUGCUCUGGCAUUCCAUGCAUGGAGGGAGAAUGACACGCCUACCAGUGACACCGCACCAUCAAGGACAGAGUUGGAGAACAACACAUUGGACCAUUACACAUUUGGGAAGGAUGUGAACAGAAUGCAGUUUGACACCAGCCAGAAGAAAGCAUGGAGGAUAUCGCUGAUUAAUGAGCACUUUGGCCUGUCUUCCUCCUACUCCAAGUAUCACAUUGUACCAGCGGAGAUCGGAGAUGAAGAACUGAAAAGUGUGGCCAGUUUCAGGGCUCUGAAGAGGUUUCCAUCAGUUGUUUGGAGGGACCAGAGGAAUGGUGCAGUGUUGGUACGUUGUAGCCAGCCCGAGCUGGGGUGGCUAGGGUGGCGGAACACAGAGGAUGAGGUCCUGCUGGGUGCCAUACCCAAAGCCUGUGCUCUGAAUCCUGGGACAGAUCUGAAGAAGACGACCUGUGACGGGGCAGCAGACGCAGAAGUCCAGACAACUGUGACUCCCAAGAAAAUGUUGCUGAUUGAUUGUCGCUCUUACGGGGCUGCGUUUGCUAACAGAGCCAAAGGUGGAGGGUGCGAGAGUGCAGACUACUACCCUACUUGUGAGAUUCAGUUCAUGAACCUGGCUAACAUCCACACUAUCAGGAAGAGCUUCAUUGCCCUCCGAUCCUUGUGUAGCACACAUCCUGACCCAGCUAGCUGGUUGUCAUCUCUGGAACACACCAAGUGGCUUCAGUACAAUUCCUCUCUACUGAGGGCGGCUACCUUGGUGGUCAGUGCAAUUGACAAGGAGGCUCGUCCUGUGCUUGUCCACUGCUCAGAUGGCUGGGACAGGACACCACAGAUUGUGUCAUUGGCUGAAGUUCUCCUGGACCCUCACUACAGGACAAUAAAGGGCUUCCAUGCUUUAAUAGAACGCGAAUGGCUGGAUUUCGGUCACAAGUUUGCCGAUCGCUGCGGCCAUUCUACUGACUGUGAUGACCCAAAUGAACGAUCACCGAUCUUCUUACAGUGGCUUGACUGUGUCUUUCAAGUAUUCAGAAAAUUUCCAUGUGCUUUCGAGUUCAAUGAAGCUUUCCUGGUAAAACUGGUUCAACAUACUUAUUCCCGCUUAUUUGGAACAUUCCUGUGCAACAAUGCCCGUGAGCGGCAAAUCAACAAGAUCUCGGAGAAAACAGAGUCUGUCUGGACACUCUUACUCAACAACGACAAGUUCGUCAAUUUGCUCUACAAUCCUAAUUCGGACCCACAUGUUUUGUAUCCUGACUAUGGAAUGCAUCAACUAGAAUUGUGGAAGUCGAUCUAUCUGUCCAAGAACUCCUUGGAGACAAGUCCCGACAUCCUGGACGAGUGUUUGAAGACAAGUGACAGCGAUAUCACACCAGAUCAGGAGACUCCAGGGCUUCAGAAAACACGAUCCUGUGAGAGCCUCAACAAACUGGGCGAGCAUCCAAAUAUUCCCGGGGCGCAGGAUGAGUAUCCAAACAUCAUCCACGGAUCACCUGAUACAGCUAUGCUUCUUGCAAAAGAAGUAGAUUCUAGUCAUAUGACAGGAAAUGAAAAGGAUGAAUCGGAUGAAGAGGAAACUGUGAUGGAGAACGGCCAUGCUGAAAUGGAUGUUGUCCAGAAUGGUGUUGUGGAGAAUGGGCUUUCAGAUGGAGUUGAAUCUGAUGGGUUGUGUGAUAAUGAAAGCGAGACUUCUGACUCUGAUAUAGAGCAUUGCGCGGAAGAUACUGGUGUUCCAAUCAGUCAAGAUAAUACAGAGGAGGAAAGCAGUGAAAGUACAUUACAAAAUGGUCUUCAUAACGGCCAUAUCAGUGAAGAGGAAGUCAGUGAGGACACUCUCAACUGCAAUGACCUUCCUGUUGACUCUGAAGGUCACAAUAACGACAGACAACCAACCCAAAGAGGAACAAUUGAUAUCAUGAGUAAAAAAUUGUCUGAACGGACUUUGAGAUCGGUUGAAAGUUCGACUGAUACGAUAACUGACUUGAGUGAUAAUGGGGAGAGGAAACAAAGUCAUGGUACUGUGAAUGGCUAUGCAAACAAUUGCCACGAAGAUGUGAAUGGUGUUGCAGAUGAAGAGAAAACGAAAUCGAAGGACUACCUGAAACAUCAGAACACAAGUAUUAGCACCAGUACAACAGAUAUCAGUGACUCUAAUGUACAUAGCGCUUUCGGAGACAAGCGCUCGAUUAGCCGAGAUUUAAGACAGUUGUCUCACUGUAUCCCAAUGCGUCUCAACUGCAAUAAUGUUAUGUGCUCACGGCAAGACAAGACAAGUGCAAGUCCAUCCCCUUCAACAUCUCCAUUCCCCACACCUGUCAGUUCCAGAACGCCAAACUCAACAUGUCCGCCUACACCAGGCACUGGGGAUGGCAAGAUGUCGGAGUCCCCUCUCAGCCGCCAUUACAAUGGUUUAGGACGGCACUUGGACAAAGAUGGUCUGACACUUUUUGUGGACCCUGUCCAACAGCGCAUGUACCAGUUGGAGUCGGAGUACAAGCGCAGGGUCCAGAUUCUGGAGAUACAGUUGGCUGCCGCUCGCAAAAUAAUCCAGCAGAAGGCUGCAGUAACGGGGAAUGGCAGGACAUAUCCAGACUACAGAGAUGAUAUCGCAUCUUUGCCCGAGUCAACAGAAGGGGGAGACUUCCACUCUCUGGGGAAUGUGAGCAACCCAGCAUCAGACAUAAGCUGGGAGCAGGUAGAUGACGGCGAGUCCAAGAUGACCCUGUGGGUGCCGGACCAUGCAGUGACUCACUGUGCUGGCUGUGACUACGCCUUCAGUCUCGUCAGGAGGAAACACCAUUGCAGGAGCUGUGGCCGCAUCUACUGCAACACGUGCUCAAACUACUUCUCUCCCGUGCCACGUCAGCACCUGGAGGAGGCAGUGCGUGUCUGUCGUAGCUGCCACAUCAUGUUGCAGCCUGCCGCUGCUGCCGCCAACCUCGCCUCUCCAGGAACCACCACACACCACAGCUGUCUGACCGAGGACAAGAGCGUUCCCAUCCUUGUACCUGAGUGACGUCACCGGAGUAGUGGUAGUGCAUGCAUCCACGUAGGACGGGUUACAGACAUCGGGAUUCAGUCCAGUUAGGAGACACCUCUUUGUUCAAUCUCAUCAAGCUGAUAAUCUUCAGGGAGCUUUACCACUUCCCAAGCUACAGAAAAUAAACAGAUUCAAAGCUUUUCUGAAAUGAAUAUUUGUCAGAAUCAUUUUUAGUAUGAAAGUGUCUAACAUACUUAUAAUCUUGGCAACGUAAACGUAGAUUUUGGAAACCUCAACACAAAAACAUGUUGCUUUCAGUUAGCUACCAAGUGGCUCCUGGAAGAUUAUAGUCCCUGACUAUAUUAGCCUGAUGUGAGAGACAGUAGGGGCUGUUAGUAUUCAGCAAUCCUUCCUACGAACUCUUCUCUGUAUAUGAUAUCUCACAUCCCUCCUCUUCUUCCAAACAAAUGCUGACUUCUCUAACAACAACAUAUGGGUCUGUAACAUGAAUGCCAGUGAAAUAUAACUUAAGGGUGUAUACUUGAAUACAUCUACUUUCAUAAUGACUGAGGGAACUGAAGCAUUGUUAGGUCUCAGAUGAUACACCCACAGCUGGAUGUGAUGCAGUGUGUUUGAAACUGAGAAUGAAAGGCAUUGGAUCCUUGUUAUAACCGACACCUUAAAAGAUGAACGUAUGAGGGUCGAUUCAGUUGCUAUUUUAAACUAUACUAUUCACACUUUGCUAAGGAUCAAAUCAUUGAUUCAACAG